AUGAUAAGGCCGGAUUGGCUUCCCGAUCCUUUCCAGACUGAAGUGGACUUCCGUGACUCGGCAUUCUUCAAGCAAGAUGGUCGUGAACUUCCCAACCCUCCAGUCGUUGAUGCACAUCGAAAAGGCAUCGUUGUCGUCCCAGAGAUGCAGCUCGUCAUCAAACAUGGACCAAACGUCACCAUUGAUGAGGCGCUGACCAUGUGGGCCGUUCGAAAACAGCUGGGCUCUGAAGUCCCAGUCCCGGAGCUGUACGGAUGGAGAGUCGUCAAUGGCACAGUGUUCAUAUAUAUGGAACUUGUGGGCGGGGUGACUCUAGAGCAGCGCUGGCCCGAUAUGACGCACUCUGAGAAAGAGAUUGUGUGUAGCCAGCUUGGUCAGAUGUUAUUCGCACUUCGGGAUCUCAAGCAAGGGGAGAAGGGGAAUUCGUUCAUUGGUUCCAUUACGCGAGGGCCGUUGCUGGACAGGGUGUUUUACUACCUCCCGAAAGCCGGACCAUUUGACAAUCUCAAGGACUUCUAUGACUGGUUAGAAUGGCUGCCCCAGCGGUAUUUGACCCCGGAGGAGAGAUUCAAAAACCCUUACCUCCAACUCUUGCCCGAAGAUACCACCAUCAAGUUCACACAUGCGGACGUCCAUCCGUCAAAUAUCAUGGUUUCUACAGCAAAGUCGGGUUCGGGCUCCGACUCAUCACCUGGUUGGGCUUCGGCUUCGGAUCUUCCCAUCCAUGUUCUAGCCUUGAUCGACUGGGGCCAGUCUGGUUGGUACCCGGAUUACUGGGAAUAUUUCAAAAUGUGCUACACCGUUGACUGGGAGGGUGACUGGCGCGUUGAAUGGUUGCCGAAGAUGAUCGAGCCUAUGGAGGACGAAGAGAAUCUCAUGUCCGCGUAUACGAUGGGGAUCGGGGCUGUUUGA